GUGCCGGCGGAGAGUUGUGGGUUGCUCCACGCGCCUUAUUUACCUUCGCCGCUUUCUCGCGGCAACGUUAGCAACUUAAACGCGUACAAAGUCGUCGGUGCGCUCCCCCCCCCCUUCCCUCCCCUAUUUUUUUACAUUUUGUUGUUCAAACGUCACGUCGCAAUUCAAUGCAAGAAAGAAGAGCGACGAGACGCACGCUUUUUUGGACACGAGGCUGCUGAGCUCGACUUCCCACCCCCCCCUCACCCCCCGAUUUCACGCGGGGCCACCCCCCCCCUCCUCCCGCCGGGGCUGGCUAGGCAAGACCGAGGCUGCGGCCUGGAGGGCCCGGGCCGCGUCUCGAGUUUUUUUUUGUUUCCUUCGCGCACAGCUCGGUCAUGGCGAGCGUGGAGGAAGCAGACAAGAUGGGGAAGAUGGGGGACAAGAUCGGUGAGAAAUAUAACAAGAAAUUGCCCCAUCGGUUGGGAAUAGCUUAUGAGGUGGGGGCAAGGCUGGAGGCCCAAGACUAUCUGCUUAAGUGGUACCCUUCCCGCAUUGAGAAAGUAGACCCAGACGAGGGUAAGAUUUUGAUCCACUUUGAGCGUUGGAACCACCGUUACGAUGAGUGGAUUGACUGCAACAGCCCGCGGCUGAGACCGCUACAGCGAACCUCGCUCCGUCGCGAAGGCCUUAAGCAAGAGGAGCCAACUGUUGGGGCAGUGCCAUUUAAGGUCGGGGAUGAGGUGCUGGCUAGGUGGAUUGACUGCAGAUACUACCCAGCGAAAAUCGUCACGAUCAACAAAGAAGAUACUUACAGCGUGCGAUUUUAUGAUGGAUUUGUGAAAGACGUGAAAAGCAUAAAUGUGAAAGAGAUGCCAGAGGAUUUGAAAAACCAGGACUGGACAGCUAUCGUGAAGAGCACCGUAGAGGCACAAGCGUUGGAGCAGGCGGCCAACAAGUCCCGGGCACGUGCAGGGCACCACCAGGCAGUGCACCAACAGACGGGGCAGCAGGCUGCCCACGUCGAGGAGGAGGAGGAGGAGGGCGCUCGUAAGGGCAGGCGGAGCGACGCGGAGGAAGGCAGCGAAAGCGAGAAAGCGCUGCCCCAACCACAAAAGCAGCGCAGUGCUGAAGCUCGCCAACCAGCGAGCCUUCUGCAGUCAAAGGUUAUGGCAGCAAAGAAGAGAAAGUCAGCGUUCAUGGGAGCCUUCCAGGCAAAGAGGGCACGGCUCAAUCAGCUGACAGGAAUUUUGGCUUCUAAACUUUCUCGACGCCGAGAUGCAGAUGUCCAAGACUCCAAGGAGCGGCCAUCGGAGGCUGUGGAGAACAAGGAAACCUCUCCGCUGAACAGCACACAACCGAGUGGAUUAUCAGUUGAGAGUGCAUCUGGCGUGACGCCAGGUGCCAUCACAAGGCAGCACUCGCUUCGUCUGCGCCGAUCGAGUCGGGCGUCGGCCGGCCUCGCCUCCCCCUCGUCCGACUCUUCCCACUCGCCACGCUCGAACCAGCACGCAGGCUCUCCAGGUCAACUCUCCUCACCCGACAGGGGCCUCUCACCGGCUUCUGCCACCAGCGAUUCGCCAGGCAGGCGGCGCCGCCCCUCUGCGCUGUCAGAGUCGAGUGCCCACGACAGGACCCAGACUCGGACAGAAGGUACCUCGGCCGAUGCAAGUUCAUCUUCGAAAAGUGAAAUGCUGUCUGCGGAUGCAAAGAGAAGAGAAAGGGACAGAAGCAAAGACAAGAAAGAGAAAGAGAAGGAUGUGUCCAAAUCGAAAAAGAAAAAGAAGAAAAAGAAAAAGACAAGAAAAGAGAGCACAGACGGUGCCUCGGUGGCGGAUUCUGUGGACAGCCUGUCCCUGGGACUGGAGGAGACGUCGGGGAACGCAGACGACUCCCAGGACGAGGACGGAGCCGGUGGGGAUGAGAUCGUGCGCUGCUCCUGUGGCAUCAACGAGGAGACGGGAUUCAUGAUCCAGUGUGAGAUGUGCAGUUGCUGGCAGCACAGUGUCUGCAUGGGGUUCACGGAGGAGAACAUCCCUGACAGAUAUUCAUGCCAUGUGUGCCAGGACCCUCCAGGCCAGCGCUGGAGCGCACGGUUCGCGUUCGAGCGCGACUGGCUGGUGGAAGGCCGUCUUCAGUCCUUCUCCUUCGCACGCGACAGCUACUGGAGCCGCCACGCGGCCAGCUUUGCGGCGCUGCAGCGCCUGCUGGCCGACAUGCACCGCGUGCACGAGGUCAUCCACGGCCUCAAGCUCAAGAUCCACAUCGCCAAGACUGAGGACCGCUCAGAUUUGAUGCUGUGGGCGUCACCGUGGAGGACGGAGCGAAUAAAAACCGAGUUGAUCAGCCUGCCGGAAAAUGAUAGCAGGCUCGAGGCGUGCCCAGCCCUUUUGGCAAGCACGAACGAUGGGCCCUUUGCGGGGUUGGAAGGCGUGAAUGGCGUCAACAGCUCCCAGGUACCCCCGGGAAAAGAUUCGGAGAGAGAAGUCAAAGCGGACUCCCCCAGCGAGAGUACUUACAUCACCAGCGAGCACUGCUACCAGAAGCCGCAGGGAGCCGGGCCAGCGGCGGCGCGCGCCGCCAACGCCCGUGCGUGGCGCGAGUGCGCAGGGAGGGACGGGGACAGCGGGUCUGAUACGACAUACGCUGCCGACUCGGGGAGGACCAACACGGCUGGCAGCUUCAUCUACGGCCUGGAUGCCACCUACUGCAGCGCUGCAGGAGUAGGCAAUUGCGAGAACAAUGGUGGAGGCAGCAGCAGUGAUGAGACGCCAAGUGUAGAGACAGGCGCCGGGAGUGGAAUGGAGGAGGAAGGGGGGCCAUCUCUGGGAGCAGCGGGGCUCAAUUCCGGGGCCGGCUGGAAAUCAGCUGGACAUCAUCAGCUAGCAGGAGGGGUGGCACAGCAGCACCUGUGCCUUUCUGAGCUGCUGCUGCACGUGGAGGCACUCCAAGACGACGUCGCCAAGCGUAUGGACUUCCUGGAAGAGCAGCUGACCACUCUGGAAGGAAUGUUCGAGUCGACGUGUGAGCAGAGCUCGGAGUUGGAGCUGCGUUUGCCACGCGUCAAAAGGAGCCUUCGUCAGAUGGCAGCUGACCUGCAGAAGCUGCAGCAGCUCUCCACGCUUUGCGCCUGAAUCAGGCUCGUCCUGGCAACAAUCACUUUUCAAUUCUCACCAUAAACCAAAACCUUGGGUAGCACACGAGCACAUUCAAUACACUUGUUCCUUGCUUAAGAUCAUCAGAUGAUUAAAAACAUAGUUAUCAAAAGCAUGUCAUGUGUUUUGCUUAUCAAACCAUGUCUGAUAAGCAAAACGACUCAAGUGUAUGUAUUUUUGAAUUCAUAGAUGUUUUUAUUUUACUCAUGUUUUUAUUAACCACCCUUAGAUGCCAUGGUUGUAAAACGUAUUUUAUAAUGUUUUUAUAGUUUUUAAGAGUUGUGCAUAUUUAACCCAGCUUAAACUGCCCGUCUGCAUUUACAGUGUGUCCACUGCAAUCAAAAGGUGAAGUCUAUUUCAUGUUUUAAAAAUGCAUUGAAGUAACUUGUUCAGCUGCACUUAAGAGAGUGCAGACAUUGAGUGAAUAUGAAUCAGAUUUUUUUUUUAUCCUGCUUAUCUGUCAGUGGGGACAAGGGGAAAAAAAUUGCUAAUGGAUGUUAGCAGGCUGUUUUUGCAUAAUUUUAAGACACAUUUGGUAAUUGGCUUUUCAUAAAAAGGCCAUUUAAUUGCAGACUGCGUUCCACCAUGCCUCAAUCCUCACUACAGAAUCAGACCGUUGAACCUUAUGGCGGUACCAUAGUACCCCAGCUCUCGCAUGAUAUCUGUUGAUGGUCGGCGAUGUGGCAAUCGACUCAUCUCGACGAGCUGUACACGAUGCACCACCACGUGGUGCGUACGAGCGUUCAGGGUUUCAGCGCAAUCGUCCUCGCUGCGUUUUGACAUCGAGGAGUAGCACCGAUGUCGGAUCGAUUGGUACCCCAGUCGCGGAGUAAGUACACCCCUGGGAAAAAAUAGUGUCCCAGAAAUAAAAUAUUUAAUUGCCUUGGCCAUUUUGUAUUAUUUGGUACCCCGGGGUACCGCCAUGAGGAUCAGUUUUUGUAUUUCCCGUAAUUUGUGAGACAAUGUGGCACACCAUUCCCUCGUUGUGGUCUUUCUGCAUGCUCGUUUCACAAAGCCUACAACCUGGAAUUGGGGCAAUCAUUACAGAAUUUAAUCAUUGACAUUGUUAAUGGCUCCGCCAUUGACGGAACCAUUCUGACGUGGCCACGAUGCUGUUAGUUCUAAUAUCCCAAUCGGAACGUUUUUUAGUCCAAAUCUGAGUAUUAACUUGACACGUCAUAUUUAAUAACUAGCACCGUCAAUAGCAGUUUGUCCUAUGAACGAGGAAGUUGUGGGCAUAUAUGUAGAAUGAAGGCGGUAACCAAGAUGGUUUUGGAGUGUCACCCAGAGUUUGGUAACCAAAGGGAACGCAGACAGAUUUUAGUGACGGUCCGAAAAAGCAAACUGUUGGGGUCCGGUGAUAACUGCCAUAGCUACACAAGCUAACAAAAGUGAAGGAAAAGUGUGGUCUCAAAAAUAGCAUUGAACCGAAUGACCUAUCCAUGUUAUUAAACAAAAUAAAUUUUAUGUUGGAAGGGACGCAACUUAAAAACGCAGUUAUUGAAUGUGGAUUGGGAUCAAAACGAAAGAGAGAUAGUGACAGUAAAUAGACGAUACAUACGUGUAUGGAUACUACUCGAGUCAGUAGAUACUAUUGUAGAGCCAGAUGCUACUGGAGAGUCAGUAGAUGCUACUUUAAACAGUAGAUACUUUACAGGCAGUAGAUACUACUGUCAUUAGAUACUACGGUCAGUAGAUACUAUAUAGUGAGUAGUUAAUACUAGUCAGUCGAUACUACUUUAGACUCUAGAUACUACUGACUAUUGUAUGUAGGGUGUGUAGGUAUACAUGCCUACUAAUAGAUCAACUAUUUACCCCCCACUUUCUAUUACUUUUUCAUUCAGGACUUCUGCAAGCCUCUUAUAAUUUUGUUGACGGACAAACGGAACGCCAGGCUUUCACAAUAUCUUACUAUUUGUGUAUUUAUGUUAUGUUUUUAAAAGACAAGUUUUGAAAUAUAUUUUUCCCACGGGCAAAGCCGGUUACUUGCUGGUAUACACAUUUACAUGGCAGGGGUUUGGCUCAGAGGGUCGGGCAGCAUGCCAGGCUAGUCAGCACUUUGCAGUACAUGUUUAUGGGAUGGAGCUGUUUACUUGCAUGCACGGUGACAAGAUGUGAACUGCCUCUCCUCGUAUACAGGUCAUGGGUUCGAUUCCAACCCUGACGCCUGAAAAUUUGGAGUUUGCAUGUCUGUCUCUCUGUGGUUGUGUGGAUUUUUCUCCGGGUCCUCUGGUUUUUCCCUCCACAUUUAGAAACAUGCGUUUUAGAGUAUUUGGCUGCUAUAAAUUUCCACGUGAUAAGCUACUUUGUUGAGCAAUCAUUUGUGGCCAGGUGGCUUCUAAAAAAAGCUACAUAGCUCAGUGGGCCUUACCUGGUCAAAUAAAUAAGUAUAACCCGUAAAAACAAAGUUUUUAACUCUAAAUCCUUUAUAUGCGUGGCGGCUAGAGUCCUCUCGUCCUCUGGCUUGAGAUGGCUGCCACCUAUGGGUCAGAUGAUUGCCUGCCACCAUUAAGCAAUUGGUAAUUAAAUAUAAAAAAAAAAUUCCUAAAAAAUGUAAAGUUAUGGAAAAAAAAUUUCACGAAAAUAAAUUGUCACACAACGAGUCUGUGUGCAAAAUGUCAGCUCGAUUGGAUCACGGGAAGUGGGUUAAAAAACGACAGAAAGAUUUGCACGGUCGUAAGCGCGCAAGCAAGUGAACUUAAUAUAAAGGAUUUUAAAAAAACCUUAGUUUUAAGUAGUUUUUGGUUUAAUUAAGCUUGAUUGGUUGAGUCCAACUUUGGGUGUGGAUUAUGCGGUGACAUGGUUGAAUUUCCAUGCCUGUCUCUGAUUUGGGAUGGGCUGCUGUUCACAGAUUGAAUUCAUGUGCUAUGAGCAGAAGAUGCUGCCAGGUGAACUUCAAAAGUGAAAACGUGCUUGUGAAUCAAGCCAGACAUGGAAUGGACGUUUAAUUUAGGUAACUGGAAGGUCAAGCAUUCCUUAGAGUGGAAAGUUCAACGUAGAAAGUUACAUGAGCAUCGUUUAUCUUCUGCAAACAAGUGACUUUACGAGCCAUAAUUUUAAUGGGAAGUUUAUACUAGAAGUCUGCCAUUUGUCCAUCACAGUAAUUUGUAAAACAGCCCUGGGACCAUGUGUGCUUUAAUGCUUGUACGAUUGUCGUUUAUUAAUUACAUUAAUGUCGGGAUGUUCCGUCUAGCUCACGAAAGCUAAAUAUUAUAAUUUUGCACGAGUUGGUGCAGUGCAGAUAUAAUUUUAAUAUGUAUUACAUAAUAUUUAUAAAUAUACUGUUUAUGAUGGAGCUAAAUUGUAAACAAUAUAUAUAAACCUCAUGUGGGCACGAAAAUAACUUGGGUUGACUGACUGCAGAAAUGUUGCAUACUUUGGACUUAAUUGCAUAUAUAGAUGACAUAGCUAUACAGGACAGAGCAAAUGUGUAGCACACCUAAAAUAUAUAAUUUUUAUAGUAAACAGCAGUUAUGUAUUUUUGCAAUGUUUGGUUUCAAAACAAUGAUACGCAGUUAUGUUUCAGGUUUUGCUUUCAAAACAGCAUGCAAUUGUUUAUAUUGUAUAUUGUGCAACUUUAAUAUUGAAGCUAUGUUGAGUGACGCAUGCUUAACUGGUACCUAGCUGUUUUAU